AUGCCGGUACAGACCUUUUUCCUCGUUUCGCUGCCAAUCUCCAUCACACCGUCUGGCGAUCGAGACGAAGCUCUCACGACUCUCCGCUCUGCUGUUUCCAACGACAACGGCACCACAUAUCCCUUUGCCAUCCCUGAAUUCAAAAUUGGCACGCUCGAUGCAUUGGUACAGCAGGCAGAUGAAUUGGCCAAGCUGGAGCAGGGCUGUAAAGGAGUAGCAGAGAAGGUGGCAGAUUCGCUAAGAUCAUUGCUCGAGGGUGAUGAGGAGAAGCUGCAAGAGCAGAAGGUAGUCAAUGAUAGACCCGUUGAGAACUACCUUCAGUCCUUCCAAUGGAACAAGGUCAAGUACCGGUCCGACAAACCCAUCGCCGAGUUGGUAGACACCCUACAAAAGGAGAUUGCCGCCGUGGACAACGAUGUCAAGGCAAAGUUCCAGCAAUACAACACAACCAAGACCAACCUGGCUAGCAUGCAGCGCUCACACACUGGCAACCUCUCCCAAAAGUCUCUUGUCAGCGUGGUCAACCCAGAUUCCCUUCUUAAACCCGACGACUCAGAGUACCUGCAGCAGCACCUUGUCGCUGUUCCCAACCAGCUUAUCAAGGACUUCCUCAAGACUUAUGAAUCGGUCGCCCCUAUGGUCGUUCCACGCAGCGCACAAUUGCUGGCCAAGGACGACGAAUUUCAGCUUUAUGCCGUCACUGUUUUUAAGAAACACUCCGCAGAGUUUGUGCACAAGUGCAGGGAGCACAGGUGGACACCACGAGAAAUGAAGUUCACAGAAGGCGGACGGGAGGCUGAGGAGCAGGAGCUGCGGAAGCUGGAAAAGGAAGAGCGGAGAGUGUGGGGAGAAGCAUUGCGAUUGGGGCGGACAGGCUACAGUGAUGCUGUGCAGAGUUGGAUACACGUGCUGAGCUUGAGGGUGUUUGUUGAAACGGUCUUGCGAUACGGACUGCCGCUCGAGUACGUUUGCGGGUUGGUCAAGACGGACAACAAGCGCUCGAAGAAAGCGAAAGCAUCUCUGGACUCGCGCUUCUCGGACUUGGGCGGUAAUGCAAUGAGCAAGGACAAGAAAGGCAAGCCCAAGCAGGAUGACAGCAAUAUGCAGCAGGAAAUGGCUGCCACCGGGUUCGGUGGUGGAAGUGAAGGGUAUGAACCCUAUGUGUUCUACGAAUUCGAGUUGCAAUAG